AUGAAAUUCCUUGCCCAGAUCUUUUUCUUCGCUCAUUUAUCUGGACUUGCCUGGUCCUGCACUCAGUAUGGAAUUGGCUAUGCCUCCAGGGCAAACGAAACAGCUUGCGAAACCAGCGCCCCCAAAUAUCUGAACUAUUGCAGAGAUCUUGCGUUCGAAUACAACGAAUACAGCUUGAAGAAUAUGGUUCGUCUUGGUGGCACUAUAGCAGCACAUACCAACUGCGACCCUUGCAACCAUCCACAGCCACGGUGCUACUGCGAAGUCGGGUUCUGGCGUUACAAAGAGUGGCUUGGAACCGACGUCCCCAAACUGAACCAUACCCACCUGGUAUACAAUGAGGAAUCACCUAUGAGACGACUCUCAGGAAAAACAGUCAAAUGCGACACAUGA